GUCGGCUUUUACCGAGCUGUAGGCUGAGGCCGAACUCUUUGGUAAUGCCGAACUCAUACUCUUCCUUGGGCUUUGGGCUGAUGGGCCGUCAUUGCUGUCGGGCUUGUUUAGUACGCACCCCAUCAAGAUGGAACCUAAGCAAAAGAUAGGAUGCUCCUUCAUCAGAUCUUCUUGUUUAGGUUUCAAGAAAGUUUCAGUCCGUCGUGAUAUUGCCAAGAAAAUUGAAAAUGUGAAAGCUAUGCUUGAACAGAUUUACGAGGAGAGAAAGAAAUUUGAUUUUGUCAUCGCUCCGCCUACAACUGAUCCCGUGCCCACACCUUGGCGAGUGCAAUCCACACCUUUUGUUGACUUGACGAAAGUUCACGGGGUGGAUAUACAUAACAAAAAAGAAGACAUAGUGAGCAAACUAAUGCUUAAUGGUGGUCAUACCCAAGUUUUGUCUAUUGUUGGAACCGGGGGACUUGGGAAAACAACUCUUGCCAAACUUGUUUAUAAUGAUGAACGAGUGAAGGAUUGUUUUGAAUUAAGAAUAUGGAUUUGUGUUUCUGACCCAUUUGACGUGGCUGGGAUCGCAAUUGGAAUUGUUAACAAAGUGGGAAUACAAGAGAUUCCUCCGAAUUCCAACCAAUUGGCACUGGUAUUAGAAAAGCUAGAGGCAUCCAUUUCGGGAAAAAAGUUUCUUCUUGUGCUGGAUGAUGUUUGGACAGAAGACAACACCAAGUGGGAUCCUCUGAAAAUCAGUCUCCAAUGUGGUGCAGCAGGCAGUAAAAUUCUGGUGACAACGAGAAAGGAAACGGUAGCUAAGAUGGUCGGUACCUUAAACGAUGAUAUGUAUCACCCAAAUAAGCUUAGCGAAGAAGAAUGUUGGUCUUUAUUGUGUGACACAUCUCUUCUUGGAAAGAGUGAUGAAGAAUGUGGAAAAUUCGAGGUGUUCGGCAAAAAAAUAGCUAGAAAGUGCAAUGGAUUGCCUCUUGCUGCAAUUGUUUUGGGAACACUUUUGCAGUUCAAGGAUUUGGAAGGGUGGGAACAUGUAGAGAAGAAUGAAAUAUGGGAAUUGGAGAAUGCAAAAGUAGAGCUUUUUCCUCAUUUGGUUUUAAGCUACAAUGAUUUGUCCCCGGCUCUUAAGCGUUGUUUUUCAUAUUGUGCCGUCUAUCCUAAAGAUCACCAAAUUCAUGCGGAGACUCUGGUAGAAGAGUGGAUGGCGCAAGGUUAUCUAGGCUCUGAUAGUGGAAAUGGAGCACUGGAACUCAAAGGGCGAGAGAACUUGAGAAAUUUAGCAAUGCGUUGUUUGAUUCAGGACAUUCAGAAAAGUAAGUCGGGGGAGCAGAUAGAAAGGUGUAAAAUGCAUGAUAUAGUACAUGAUUUUGCUAUGUUUCUUAGGAAGAAUGAUGACAAAGAGAGAAGUUGUCAAGCUUGUGACUCUUCAUUGGUUUCUCAUGUCCAAGAAUAUCGGAGUCUUCCGUGGGACUAUGAACCACCAGUAGAUGAAAGAGACAGAAGUUUUCAAGUUUGUAAUUGCAUAAAAAGUCUUAGGGUGAUGAGCAUUUACAGAUGUAUUCCAGUAGGAAUAGAAAUGUUAAUUCACUUGAGAUGGUUGGAGGUUCGUGGUGUUGCAUUGUCCAAGGAUGGCCUUGAAAUCAUAUGCAGGCUUUAUUUCUUGCAAACUCUUCUCUUAUCGAAUUGCUACCUAACAGUGAUACCACGAGAAAUUGGAAAUUUGAAUCAAUUAAGACGACUUGACUUAAGUCAGAAUUUUAUAAUGGAGGAGUUACUAGGGAGCGUGUGUAGUUUGAUUGAAUUGCGAUCUCUUUCCUUAGAAAGGUGCUUUCUAGAAAUGAUUCCACAAGAAAUUGGGAAUUUGGUGAAGUUAAGAGAACUUGACUUAAGUCAGAAUUCUAGAAUGAAGGAGUUACCAGAGAGCAUUUGUAGUUUGGUUGAACUGCAAAUCUUGAAGAUAGAAGGCACUAGUAUCAACUGUGUGCCUGAAGCAUUAGGUGACUUAAGUAAUCUCAGCACACUGCAACUGCGCAAAAUUAAAGUUGGAAGUGAAUACAACAAGUUGGGUUCUCUGAAAAAAUUAUACCGUCAUCUUACCACCGAAUAUCUAGACUUGGAAAUCUACUGGAGUAGUAUGAGUGAAAUGGAGGAAUUGGUUGAGGAUGCUCGACAAGCAGAGUUACAGACAGGCCUUCAAAAACUAGAAUCACUCAAUAUAUAUUUCAGUGUUAAGAUGAAUGAAAUGGAGCAAUCAUCAUCAUCAUUACCAUCAAUGUGGAUGGAGGUAGCAGAAGCUCUCGUGCCUCAUCACAACUUGAAGAGAUUGGCAAUCGGGGGAUAUGAGGGCUCCAGGCUUCCGCAUUUGAUGUCAUCAUCCUUCAACUAUAUAAAAGAGAUUUUUCUGUUUGUGUUGAGUGAGGUGUCAUCAUUGCCUGCGAUGGGGAAACUACCUUUCUUGGAAAUUCUAGAGUUUUUACAUUUAGAUGAAUUGAUGUUUGUGGGAAGGGAGUUUUUAGGAAUAGAAUCUUCAUGCGAUGAUGUUGUUGUUGCAUUUCCUAAACUCAAGGAGCUGAAAUUUUAUUAUUGCUCCAAAUGGGAGGAGUGGGAGGACAUAAGGGAGGAGGAAGAAGAAUCUGCGGCCAUCUCCAUCAUGCCAUGUCUCACAACAUUGAGUAUCAGGAAUUGUGAGAGUUUGAAGAAACUGCCGCAUCGCCUCCUGCAUAAAGUCUCCAUGUCUCAAUUUAGUAGAUGUUCCAAAUGGGAGGAGUGGGAGGACAUAACGGAGGAAGAAGAAGAAUAUGCGGCCAUCUUCUCCAUCAUGCCACGUCACACAAAAUUGAGUAUCAGGGAUUGUGAGAGUUUGAAGAAGCUGCCGCAUGGCCACCUGCAGUUGUUGGAUAUCAAUGGUUCAACAGAGCUAGUAAAAACAUACGGAGAGGGCAAGGAAGGUUCAGCUUGGAGAUCCAUAUCCCAACAUAAUCCCAAACUUCGACUUUACCCAGAGGACUAAUGCAAAUAUUUAUGCUUUUCUGUUUGUUUACCUUUUUUGAGAUUGAAUUUGGGAUUAUCAUAUGUAUGUUAUGCUUUAAUCAUAAAUUUUUAUUAGACGGGUACUCUUUUCCUUCAUGGCAUUUUUCCCUUUGGGUUUUUUGGCCAUGGAGGUUUUAAUGAGGUCCGGCCUUGAGUGAUCGUUAUGUGUUCUCCAAGGUUUAGGUUUUGUUUUGUAUGACGUGAUCCUUCCAAUCGUGUAAAUCAGUAAUAUUUUUAUAAUAGAGCUCUACUUAAACUGAUGGCCAACUCAAAA